UCAGGGGGAUAUUUCCAUCGGCGCCGGGUGAUCUGGCCGCCGCCGGCCACGCCCAGGUGCACGACAUGGCCACGAUUGCGCCGCCGCCGCUGCAUGGCGUCAGCGCUCCCGCCGCGAACGGGUUUGGCAGGCCACCGCCGUUCGCCGCAUGGCCGAUCUUUGAGGGUUCCGCGGCGGCGCCCAGCAGCAAUACAGAUCAUUCCACCGCGCCAUUAACGAUAAUCUACGCUGGCUCCGUGCGCGCAUUUGACAGUGUGCCGAUGGAACAGGCUAAGAAGAUUCUGUAUAUGACUGCAAAAGAGGCUCAAGCUGCAGAAACCCCGGCCUUCCAACAGCCAGAACCAGCUGCUGCACUCCCAAUCCCAAGUACUAGUGCAGCGCAGAUGAUGAUGCUCUUGGGUUUGGCUAAUGCCAAUGAUAGUCUUCUACCGAAGAGGGCGGCGUCCCUUGCCCGCUUCCUGCAUAAACGCAAGCAAAGGGUGGAGAGUGCAGCAGCAAUGCCUUACCCUUGCGGAGAGGUACUGCCAGUGCCUGCUCAAAUGGACCCUUCCACUGCGGUUUACGCACGAGACAAAGCCCCGUCUGGGGACACAGAACAGCCAUGGGGGGCCUCCGAAGAUGGGCCAAAGAGCAUGAAAGAAAAUCAUGGAGAGGCCGAGGAGGAAGUGAACACUGACCUGAAGAUAUAG